CCCUUUCCUUUGUCGCAGUCGCUACUAUUGGCCUCCGUUGGGUCUUCAUCGUGACACUCUUCACGCCAUUUAUUCCGAUUAAUCGGAGUUCCCACUUUCUCAUCUUCCUUGGCGUUCUCUGUGCGAUUCAAACGUUGGGUUUUGAGAAUCACUAGAGAAUGUAUAACCUGAGUAGGCUUGUUUCUCGUUUCUCCUCGGUUUCACUUAACCCUAGCACGAGAGCAUCUGGGUUUCUGAUUGAAAACGCUUCUGCUUCAUCAAAGCUCAUUCAAUGUGCUGUGAACCGAGCAUUCUCUGCAAAAUCAGGAUCUGAUGGAGUUGGAGGUGAUGAUAACGGUUGGGAUAUUGCAACGGGAGGGUCAUUUGGUGGUACAGGAUCUGAUGAUCUUGACUGGGACAAUAAAUCUAUGUGGUCUACUGGUUUAACCAAGGAGCAUUUUGAUGGUGUCUCAGUUGGUCGUCAGAAGAACAACAACGCGGCGAAUCCUUCUUCUGAUAGCACGGCUUCUGAUUCGGGAGAUGUAAUGAGCAAGUUAGGUCCAAAGGAAGUAGCUUUGGUUAAUGAAAUGAAUGAGUAUGAUGAUAUGAUUAAAGAGAUUGAUCAAGAUAAUAAGCAAGGCAGGGCUUUUGUUGAUGGGAUUAAACAGAGAAUGAUGGAGAUCAGUGUGUUGUUGAAGCAAGUGAAAGAGCCUGGAGCUAGAGGGUCGUAUCUUAAAGACUCUGAGAAGACUGAGAUGUAUAGAUUGCACAAAGAGAAUCCUGAGGUGUAUACCGUUGAGAGGCUUGCUAAGGAUUAUAGGAUUAUGAGGCAGCGUGUUCACGCCAUUCUUUUUCUUAAAGAAGAUGAAGAAGAAGAGGAGAAGAAGCUUGGUCGUCCUUUGGAUGAUUCUGUUGAGCGUUUGCUUGAUGAGUAUCCUGAAUUCUUCAUUUCACAUGACCGGGAAUUUCAUGUGGCCUCGCUUAAUUACAAGCCCGACUUCAAGGUCAUGCCAGAAGGAUGGGAUGGUACAAUCAAAGAUAUGGAUGAAGUCCAUUAUGAGAUCUCGAAGAAAGAGGAUGACAUGCUUUACGAAGAAUUUGUCCGAAGGUUUGAGUUCAACAAAAUGAAAUGGAGAGGAGAAGUGAAGUGCCACAAGUACAGUAGGAGGCGUUCAUCAGAAGGAUGGAACAUCACAGUUGAGAAAUUGGGUGCUAAGGGGAAGCGUGGAUCCGGAGGUGGCUGGAAGUUUAUGAGUCUUCCAGAUGGAUCAAGCCGACCCCUCAACGAAGUGGAGAAGAUUUAUGUUAAACGCGAAACACCUCUUCGUCGCCGGAGCAUGGUAUCGCGGGUGAAUAUGCGUUUCUCGCCCCGGAACCAGAAGCGGAGCGCUAUACAUAAGAAUUGGCGGAAGGAGAGGCGCGUCUACUGUAUAGAGCACAACAUUCCAACGUGAUUCCCAAUAUGAGACGUUUGGAAGCGUGGUGAAAAGCAUACGACUCUGAUUUGGAGACGUUGUGCUAUAUUUUUCAAAAGACGAUAAUACAAGUCAACUACCAUUGAGCAUCCACAUUAGUUUUACUUUGAUGAUGUCUUUAAGUUUUAAUUAAUAUUAUUUUAAAUCUCAAGACCCUCACUAACUUGUUAUUAAUUUUUCUCCUCCCACUAGUGGAUCCUUAACCAUGGUUGUCUUGCCUCUUCUUCCUGCUCUUGAUCCCAGAAAGGAUUAAAAUAGUAAUAUUCUGGUGAGAGUGACUCAGCUAAUGAUCAUCUUAUUGAAGAAUUCAGCUUGCUCAGGAAAGAAUUCCAAAAGGUCGUCUUUGGUUAUAACCCAUACAAAAUCUUCGCAGUUGCUUAUGUUGUAUUUUGAUGAUGCUGCUACUACACUGCAUUUGAAACAAGAAAAAUAUAAGGAAAAAAAAAAAAAAA